CUUCCUGCAGCUCAGCGCCGAGGAGCUGCGGCGGGCGGGCGAUCACGCGGGCAGAGCCGUGCAGAGCCCCCGGGAGACCCGCCGCCGCCUGCCCUGGAGCACCGGCUACGCCGAGGGUCUCGCCUUGUGCAGACAGCAGCCCUUCGCCUUGCUCCCAUCUGCUCCACACGGGGAAAGCAGAGCCAAGCAUGCAGCAGUGUUUAACUCUCCCAGGGCGCUCACCUUCCCCUGCCGUGGCCACCCUGUGCAGUCACUGUGUGGUGCUUAGCAUCUCCAGAGCCUGUCGCAGGUCAGAGCCAGACAUUUAGCUGGAGGCACCGUUCUGCAGAAGCUGCAGACACUUACGCACAUGAGUAAUCGGUGAGUGAAGUGAGUCUGAGCACAGAAACAUGAGUGAACAGGGAAGCCUGUUUGCAGGAUCACAACUAUGUUGUGGCCAGCUUCCCUCCUGCCGUUAACCGGAGGAUUUUAUAUUUCUAGAGCCCUGGUGUGUAAACUGUACAAUGAAUGGCUGCACAUCGUUCGGAGGUACAAUUGCCAUAGUGCCGACAGGCCCCAUAGUGCUGGGGGCUCUGUGCUCACAGACUGAAAAGGGGAUUCCUCUCCCAGAGAGUCUACAAUGUGGGAGUUUCAUUUUUAGCAGUAUUUUUUGUAUUAGCUGAGCUGGAGUAAGGCAGAGGUCCGUACUGCCUUAGAGAUGCCUGUCCACUUUCCUUUCCUCCCCUGCAGUUUCGAACCUGUGGUAUAACUAAAGGGAAGCUCUGUUUGUUCUCAUUCCAUCACCAGUCCACGGAGGUUCCCUAAGGUCUUUUGACACCCUGUCCCUGCAGGGCAGCAAAGGUUACUGGGGCUCAGCCCUGAGAUAAUGUCUGCUGUAAGUAUCAUCAUCUAGUUGGCCAAGGGUCAAGUGCUGACUCUGGUUCCAUUUGGUGCCGGUCCUGGAAGGCACAAGUUAUGUUUUCCUUUUAAAUGGAUUAUUAUUGGCUUACCUGUGUACCUGCGUAGGUGAAACAAAUACCUUCUGCAGGGCAGCAAACCUGAUCGGCCAGUGCCUGCUGCCCUCCCACUGAAUAGUGUCUUUAGCCCCAGACCUACAAAGACUUACCUGUUAGCUUAACUUUCUGCAGGUGAGCAGUCACAUUGGCCAUAGUGGGAUGACUUGCAGAGUACGGUGUUAUUCAAUGUGAAUAAGGGUGUUGGAACCUGGCCCGAAGAAAAGUCAAACGUAGAUUUGAGAGGAGCCGGGCUGUGCUGUUUGGGCUUUUGUUUUGCCCUUCCGUCGGCUGGAUAUAUACCCCUGCUAUUGCGGUAUCCAAGUGCCUCACAAUCUUUCACGUGUUUUCUGGAUGUAGCUCACACUAUCCUUUUCACAGAUGGGGAACUGAGGCUCAGAGCGACUGAGCUUCCCAAGAUCACAGAGGAGCAGGGACUUGAACCUUGCUCCUGGGAAGAGGCAGCUUCACACUUCCUCUUUAAAGACCUGCUCCUGACAUGCUCGUUGGGAGCAGGAGAGGCCCCAUAAGCUAACUUGGUGUAUUACCUGGCCCAUUUCCAGAGAUGUGAGGCCAGUCAAGUCACUUCAGCUCCUUGGGAGGGGCAGAAGGGACCCUCCCGCAGCCUGGCCUUUUUUUGGCUUUGUCACCUCCAUCCUGUAGCCGGCCCUGAGACUUCUGAAAUGCCAACCAUGAAGUGGGUAAAAACUAGACUUAAUGGGGAAUUCUUUGCAAAGGCCUCCUCUUAAGGUGGGAGAGAGGCCGGGAGGAGGUGUAUCUUACUUGUGACAAGGACCUUAGACAAUCAGGGGUUCAUUUCAGUGUGUCUUUGGUCUGGUGCCUGCUCUGCUGCUUUUCACAGUGGUACGUGCUGUCAGGGCUAGUUUUCUGGAUCUGGAUUUUCCAAGCACUCCCUAUUUUCCUUUCUCUCCUGGCAGCGCUGCACACAGCUCUGUGAUUGUCCUUCAAUAACAAAUAUUGUCAGAAACAUCACUUCCCUGUAGGGUAUUACAGUGAAACCUACCUUCAAGUGACCACCCCAGGGACAAGCAAAGAUCUGUCAUCUAGUAGAAAUUUGUCUUUAAUUAAAGAGCGGGGAAAAAUUUACUGGAAAUCUUGGAGAAGCGGUAAGAUAUUUUUAUAAGAUGAUAUAUUGCAGAGGUGGCCCCUGGUGGUGCUGUUUCACUAUAAUAAACAGCAGUCACUGUCUCGGACUUUGGCAUUAUUAGAGUUCUGAAAUGACCAUCUUUCUCAUUUGUUUACACACAGUUGGGCUUUUUUUGCUCACAAUUUGUGAUGGGAACAAGCCAAAGCUUGGAUGGGUUUUUCUGGGUUUCUUUCCAACUUCUGAACUCUUUGAAAUGUCACUUGCUCCAGUGCGGUAAUGGGAAUAGAAAACCCUGCACUUGAGUUCUCAGAAGUAGGAACCUUUCAGAGUAUUAGAGGAACUCGUUAAAAGCACCCUUAAGUUUAGCUCUGACUGCUUCUCCAUGUGACACCAUUCCUUCCCUAUAAACCACUUGAAGAGCUGCUGCCCAAAGAGCGCUUCUUGUUUUGCAUAUCUACAACUUCCUCCCACAAAGCAGGUUUUGCAAUCGAGAUCUGAAAUUUGCUUAGCAAGGGGGGAUUGAUUAGUUAAUGUCACUCUGUUUGCAAAAGUUUCUGCUGGUACAUCUUGCCUGCCCACUUCUGCUUAAGCAAACCAGGCUUUCUGUGGGGCACUGAGGAUUUUGGCACAUACUGGAACGUGACCUCACCCAUUAGCGGAGGACCUGUGGCUGCAAGACUUGGUAUCUGUAUCUUGCACGACUGCAACCAGGGCUUUAGCAGGUUCUGAGUCAGAAGCUUUGUGAGGAAGGAACAGCCUGCCACGUGAGCUAGCUGGUCUCGGUGGGCAGUUGUUCUCUGCAUGCUGUAAACCAGGGCGAGUGAAGGACUGGCUGGCGCUUGCCGUGUCUCUCUGCAGUCACAGAGUGAAAUCCACUGAUAAAUGGAGUGUUCGCCCCAAAUCAUUGUCUCUUUCAUCUCUUUCCGUCCCCCUAGGGUGAUAAAUGCUGGGAAGAGCCAGCACAAUGAGGAUCAAGCCUGCUGUGAGGUGGUGCUGGUGGACAGGCGAUGCAGUCCGAGGUGUAACCCAGCUCCCAAGGGAUGCACAGGGGAAGCGGAGGGGGGUAGGGAGGGCCUUUGCUUCCACUACUGGGGCUUGUUUGACGGCCACGCUGGCAGUGGUGCCGCUGUCAUGGCAUCCAAGCUGCUUCACCUUCACAUCUGCGACCAGCUCAGGGACCUGGUGGAUAUCCUACAGGACUCUUCCCCUCCCCCACUCUGCCUUCCGAGCGAUUCCCAGGGGCUCCCGGCUGAGCGGAACCGGGCCCCCCUUGCAGAAGCAGAUGCAGAGCUCCCCAACGAUGCCCUGCCCCGAUUCCACCUGGAGAAGGCAGUCUCUUGUGAAAGCCUGGUGAUUGGUGCGAUCGAGAACGCCUUCAAGCGGAUGGACGAGCAGAUCGAGCGGGAGCAGACGACCCGGCUCGUGGCGGGAGGCUGCUGCGUCCUAGCCGUGGUUUACCUCCUGGGGAAAGUCUACGUGGCAAACGCAGGUGACAGUAGGGCCAUUAUCAUCCGUAACGGGGAAAUCAUCCCAAUGUCCAGGGAAUUUACUCCCGAAACAGAGAGGCAGAGGCUACAGGUUUUAGGGUUUUUGAGACCUGAGCUGCUGGGGAAUGAGUUCACGCACCUCGAGUUUCCACGGAGAAUUCAGCACAAGGAGCUGGGGAAGAAGAUGCUGUACAGAGACCAGAACAUGAAUGGCUGGGCCUAUAAAAGGAUAGAAGAGGAUGACCUGAAGUUUCCGCUUAUCUACGGAGAAGGUAAAAAGGCACGGGUGAUGGCGACAAUUGGGGUCACGCGGGGCUUAGGAGACCACGACCUCAAGGUGUACAACUCCAAUAUCUACAUCAAGCCUUUCCUCUCCUGUGUCCCUGAGGUCAGAGUUUACGACCUGACGCAGUAUGAACACUGCCCUGACGACGUGCUGGUCCUGGCCACCGAUGGGCUCUGGGACGUGACCAGUGACCGGGAGGUGGCUGACGUGGUCACGGAAGUGCUGAUGGGCUACGAGCCGAACGACCCCUGCAGGUACACCAUGGCGGCCUGUGAGCUGGUGGUGAGGUCCAGGGGGGUGCUGAAGGAGCGAGGCUGGCGGCUGGCCAACGACAAGCUGGGUUCUGGAGACGACAUCUCCGUCUUCGUGAUUCCUCUGGGCGGCCCCGGCAAUUACACGUGAGGCCAAGCUGCCCCGGGGCGCAGCAUGCUACAGUCGGCGUGGGACCAGGACCUGGGGUGGGGGGCACAGGGGCUGCCUGACCAGCUUCCGGCCUCUCCGACAAGAGGAGUAAGAAACCCUGGAACCCCAGCCUCCCCCCGCGCCCCCCUCUCCGCCUGCUGCUUCCCUGCCACUGGGCAGAGCCUAGAGCCGUAGCAGCUAGUGAUAGAAAAGCCAUCUGGGGCCCUCGGGGUGGGGAGAUCAAGGCAGGACUGUGUGGAUGCCAGCACCCAUAGCCAACCCUACCUGACCUGGUCCCUGCGAGAGGACUCGGGGCUCAAAGUGUCCUCUGCAGGGAUGGGAGAGAGCCCCCAGGGCUGUGGUGGCUGGUUCUCGUAAUGUGAGAAUGGUGUGGAUUAGCGGGAGGAGCAUACCCGGGAGAGUGCGUGCUGCCCGCUGCAAACCCUUCCUUCUCCCACCUCGAGAUCUGCACCAUUGCAUCCCAGCUGCUGUUCCCACAUGCCUGUGUCCAGUCCUAGUGCCUAAUCGCCUGCCAGAGAGAGCACUGGGAUGGAGCCGUGCUGCGGGGGCUGUGGCUGAGCACCCUUGCCAUCUGGCCGGUCAUGCAGCCUUCAGUCCCUUACUGUGUCUUUGUUUCAGCUUUGUAACCAGGAGCAGGCGCCCAGUUACCAUGGUGAUGGGCACUAUAUAAAUACUUGGAAAUAUAUGUAAGCGGGCCUCCCAUGAGCAGGUACCGCCCCUGCUAGUCCUCUGCACCUUCCACCAGAGCUGCUUUAGCACCCUGGGCCAGUGUUGAGUUCCCAGAUGCCAACGCGGGGGAUCGGCCCAAUUAUUGUUAAUUGAAGAGCUGGUCUGAAAAUUUCCAAAUUCAAAUUUAAAUGAAAACCACUGGGAUGAAACGUCCACAAAACUUUCAUCCCAUUUUCCCACCAGCUGUAAUGAAUUUGGUGCUUAGUUCUAUUCAAAAUACAGACCAGGCCUGCCCCAAAGACCUUGCAAUUUAAAUAUGCUGCAUCCAUGUGCUUAGCUGAGAGCCAAGGAUAAUUAAUAAGCUGUGUGUUUCUCUAAAAAAAGCAAAUCACCUUCUUUCCUGUAUUAAUCUCAGAGCCGUGACCAGCUCUAUUCUGAUUGGAGCUGGGGCUCUGCCCUGCCCUGCGGAAUGCUUGAUUUAGUAAAAGCAACACGUUCUGCAAACCUCUGAUCUGGGACAUGAAUCUUCUGGGUCUCCUCAGAGUGUGAUGAAGGGGUGUAUCUAUAAAAGGUUGUCCCAGGGUAAAAAUGGGGCAAAUUCCCUCUGUUUCUGAAGCACACUUUGACUUUGACUAUUUCUCGUGUCCUGCCGCUGCCAGGAGCACGAAGCACUAUCGUGAUGUGUCACCUUCUGAUGAACGUUGUUUGUAACUCGUAAUUUGUGAGAUGUAAAUAAACUGGGUACACCUAGUUGGAACUAAAAGGCAUCCAGGGAGUGUUUAAUCUAUUGACGUUUCUGUGCUGGAAGGAGAUCGUUAGAUCGCCCUGUGUAGACCUGUGUUUUUAAAUAAAGAAUGCCACCAGGAA